GAUAGAAAUUGGGGUGGCCGGUUCAAUCAUAUUGCGGUUGCUCAAUUGAUCCCCAGCGAACCCAAAGGGUGAGGCGCGUCAAGCGGCAUCCGAACUUCUUUAGCUCCGGCCGCCCACAGCUCAAUCUACCUCAUUGACGUCCUCUUGCCAGCCAAGGACAUUGUCUAUCGCCAGCUGUUGACUCCUCUGACGGUCUGAACAUCUUUACACAUCAUACCUACAGCUCUAGUAUUCAAAUUGACUCCAUUCACGAAUCGUAUUGCAUUGCUGAAUAGCAAGUCCCGGAAGCGGAGGCGCUAUGGCCGAAGACCCAACGGCUCCGACGCUGAAUCUCACACCUGAAGAGAAGCGUGUAUUUGGACAACUAUUUCGAGAAGCAGACAAGGAGAACAUUGGAGUUGUGACUGGAGAAGUUGCGGUCAAGUUCUUUGAAAAGACAAGACUCGAGCCGCGCAUACUUGGGGAGAUAUGGCAGAUUGCGGACAAAGAGAAUCGAGGGCUUCUAACACCCGCGGGGUUUGGGAUUGUCCUGCGAUUGAUAGGACAUUACCAAGCAGGACGAGAUCCCACUCCCGAAUUGGCUUUACGCCCUGGCCCUCUUCCAAGAUUCGAUACGGGAUCAGGUCCUGGAAUAAGUCCUACGAUUCAACCUCCUCCAGGUCCCCCGCCAAGCGCCUUGCAACCCCAAGCUAGCGGGUCUGGACCCAUUCGAGUUCCUCCACUGACGCCGGAGAAGGCGGGCCAAUACGCAGCAUUGUUUGAGAAGUCUGGAGCGCAGAAUGGUGUCCUCCCGGGAGAGCAAGCAAAGCAGAUAUUCGAGCGCGCGGGUUUGCCAAACGAGAUACUGGGAAGAAUUUGGAAUCUGGCAGACACAGAACAGAAAGGUUCCCUGCAGGUCACGGAAUUCGUAAUUGCCAUGCAUCUGUUGGCCUCUUUCAAGACAGGGCAACUUCGCGCACUGCCUAAUCUUCUUCCUGCCGGCCUCUACGAAGCAGCGGCUCGCCGACCACCAAGCAGGCAAGCUUCGGGAGCCGGCGCAAUGUCAGCUAUCCAAAGACAGUUCAGCGGCGCACCUCGAACUGGCAGUCCACUUAGUCGGCCAGCUUACUCUACUCCUCCCCAGCAGUUCCCCCAGGCUACUGGCUCAGGUAUGGAUUGGGCUAUCACUACAUCCGAUAAAGCCAAGUUUGACAACAUCUACAACGGUUUGGACAGGGCUAACCGGGGAUUCAUUACUGGAGAUGAGGCCGUACCAUUCUUCAGCGAAUCCAAGCUGCCCGAAGAGGCUUUGGCUCAGAUUUGGGAUCUCGCUGAUAUCAACUCAGCUGGCCGUCUAACCAGGGAUGAAUUCGCGGUUGCUAUGUACCUUAUUCGUCAACAGAGAGGCAAACGAGAUGGACGAGACUCUUUGCCAGCCACUCUGCCACCCAACUUGGUCCCUCCGAGCAUGCGCAAUCAGACCAGGCCCGUAGCUACUCCCAUAGCCCCGGCCUUUGAUACCCCGGCACCGACAAUGGCCAAGUCAGCUGCCGAAGACCUAUUUGGUCUCGAUGCACUCCAGACAUCACCUGGUCCGGCUCCCAAACAGGCACCUCAGUCCACUGGGGGCUCUGGAUCCGGAUUCGGUCAUCUGGGCAACGACCCAUUUGGAACCAGAGCGUCAAUGACUUCUACCUCACCGACCCAGAGCUCAUCGAUGCACAAUUCGACUGUUUUCAAACCUUUUGCCCCGUUGUCCACUUUCGGUCAGACAUUGACUUACCAAGGUACCGGCGGCUCUAGUGGCUCAGGACCAAUACAGCAAAGAGGCCUGCAACCGCAGUCUUCAGCUACUGAGGAUUUACUUGGUGACAACGACCCUGAAAUCAGCAAGAGGCUGACGAACGAAACGACUGAACUUGCAAACCUGUCGAAUCAAGUUGGAAGUCUCUCGAAACAGAUGCAAGAAGUCCAAGGUCAACGGGCAACCUCGCAAAAUGAAUUGACCCAGGCCAGCACUCAGAAGCGUGAGUUCGAAGCUCGUCUAGCUCAGCUUCGCACACUUUAUGAGCAAGAGGUAAAGGAUGUAAGAAGCCUGGAGGAGCGUCUUACAACAUCACGUAACGAGACCAAGAAAUUACAGACCGAGAUUGCGAUGGUGGAGGGGACUUUCCAGGAUCUCCAGAACCAGCAUCGGCAAACAGUCACCGCACUGCAAACCGACCAACAGGAAAAUGCCAACCUGAAGGAGCGUAUGCGAGUUGUCAACGCAGAGAUUGUACAGUUAAAGCCUGCGUUGGAGAAGCUGAGCUUGCAACCAAUGAAGCAGAAAGAGACAAGCUAAAGGCGGAGGCCGUGGAAUUAAACAAGAGCAUUGAGGAGGAUACCCAGGCUCUUGCGGCGCAUGCAGCCGCUGCAAAGGUUCAAAGUCCGCCCCAGGUCGCCAGUCCA